AUACAGCAAAUAGUUCUUCCCCAAAACCCCUGCCUUUGCCUUUUGAUUCUUCGUCUCUCGAUUGCACGGAUUCCGUUGCAAUCUCACGGUGGAUCGGCCGGGCGUCGUCUAUGAUCUGCGGAAUUCGGAGGUUUUUGGUUUUCUGAGUAUAGCUUCGUCAAGUUUGGGGCCUGCUUUGUGCGUGAUUGUUUUUGUGUUACGGUGCUAAGGGGCUGUAAGAUGGGGCAUCAUCGACCCGCGACGAGGAGUAAGAAUAAGCGACCUAGGACUGAGGACAAUGCGGAGGCUACCUCUGAGAUUUUCAGGAAGAUUGUGUCAGAGGGAGAUAUUACCGAAGAGGAUGUUAAUCAGCUAUACAUGAUAUGGAAGCCUGCUUGUCAAGGUUGUCGUGUAAACACCAAGGACAAUCCUAAUUGUUUUUGUGGGUUGGUCCCACCUCUCAAUGGCAGUCGGAAAUCUGGUUUGUGGCAGAAGACUUCUGAGAUUGUAAAUUCACUAGGGCCUAAUCCUUCCAAUGAUCUUCGUGCAUCCUCCAGUACACCAGCAGGGCUCACAAAUCUUGGUGCAACUUGCUAUGCCAACAGCAUACUACAAUGUCUCUACAUGAAUAAAUCAUUCAGGAAAGGUGUUUUCUCUGUUGAACCUGAAAUUCUAGAUGCUGAGCCGGUAUUGAAUAACAUUGCAAGACUUUUUGCUCAGCUGCAUUCUAGUAAGAUCGCCUAUGUCGACUCAGCACCAUUCAUCCAGACCCUGGAACUAGAUAAUGGUGUUCAGCAGGACAGCCAUGAAUUUCUUACAUUGCUCUUUUCUUUGCUCGAGCGAUGCUUGAGCCAGUCCAAAGUUCCCAAGGCCAGAACAAUUGUACAAGAUCUUUUCCGUGGUGGUGUCUCACAUGUCACUAGGUGUGCAAAAUGCGGAAAUGAGUCUCAAGCUUCCUCAAAUAUUGAAGAUUUCUAUGGCCUGGAAUUGAAUAUCCAAGGUCUAAAGAGUCUAUAUGAGAGUUUGGAUGAUUACCUUGGCAUAGAAGAGCUGCAAGGAGACAACCAAUAUUAUUGUGAUGCAUGUUCUAUGCGCGUUGAUGCCACCCGCAGCAUUAAGUUGCGCUCACUGCCUGCUGUCCUAAAUUUUCAACUCAAGCGAUGUGUUUUCCUUCCAAAUACAACCACAAAGAAAAAGAUAACUUCUGCAUUUUCUUUUCCUGCUGAAAUCAACAUGGCAAAAUGGUUAUCUGAGCAGUCCCAAUCAAACCUGAUAUAUGAUUUAGCUGCCAUCCUGAUACACAAGGGCCCUGCUGUUAACAAUGGCCACUAUACAGCCCAUAUAAAGGAUGAGAACACUGGUGAGUGGUGGGAAUUUGAUGACGAGCAAGUUUCAAACUUGGGCCGACAGCCAUUUGGAUCUACGAAACAGGUUGAUGUUCUUGUGGAUGGGAACAAUGUUGAUGACAACCAAUUGCAAUCUAUGCAUUCCAAUGGUCUUAAGCGUGUACAGACAUUUACAUCAAGUGAUGCAUAUAUGCUGAUGUAUGUUCUUAGGAACUCAAAAAUUGGUGUUGAAAAUACUGAUGCAGAGUCGGUCAAUCACAAAAUGGAAGUAGAUGGUCCUGUAAGUUCACAGGAUGAGAGUCCUCUGCCUCCACAUCUAUUGAAGGAUGUCACUGUUAUGAAUUCAGAAUAUACUGUUUCUUGUGAAGAAUAUAUUUCAAAAAAGGAUUUCAAGCUAAGUAAGAUUAUGGAGAAGCGACAGGAAGUGCGCAGCAUUCUUUCUAAAGCACCAGUUCCAUCACUUGAGAGUUCGUACUUCUGGAUUUCUACUGAGUGGCUUCGCCAAUGGGCAGACAGUUUGACUUCGACUUCAUUAACUAUUGACAACACACCUAUAAAGUGCAUGCAUGGAAAAGUGCCAGUAUCAAAGAUCAAUUACAUGAAGCGUCUCACCCCCGAAGCUUGGACAAUGCUGUUAUCUAAGUAUGGAGGUGGCCCAACAUUAGCAAAGAGUGAAUACUGCGUGGAUUGCAUCUUUGAUAUGGGGCGCAACAUGAUGCGUGCAAAUAUAUAUAGAGAUCAAAGGUCUGAGAUGAGAGGACUUGCAGAAGCAGCACUUGCUGGGGGCCAUUCAGACGGGAAGUUAUACUAUGUAUCUAAGCCAUGGUUGCAGCAGUGGCUUCGCCGAAAAAAUAUUGAUUUGCCAUCUGAUGCAGACUCUGGGCCGACUGCUUCGAUCAGAUGUCCUCAUGGUGAACUCAUGCCUGAAUUAGCUCCGGGAGCAAAACGAGUACGGGUGCCUGAGAAUCUUUGGGAGUUUAUACAUCAGACUGCUAUGAAUGUAAAACCCAAUGACUCUGUGGGUUGUUCAUCCUUCUCAUCAGACUCUGAGCCAUGUUCUAUAUGCAGUGUUGAACUUACAGAAGCUGCUUCCUCGGAAGAUAAUUUAAGGGAGUUCAAGUUGAAGCAGAAGCAGAACCAUGAAAAGUUAGCCAUGAACAAAAAUGCUGCUCUUUAUCCUGAUACCAAAUACUAUUUAUUGCCCACCUCUUGGCUGUCAACGUGGAGAAACUAUAUUAAUGCUAGCGGGAAAAAUGCUCCUUCUGUGGAAGUAGAUACGAUCGAUACUGUUAUUGAUAAGCUUCUGUGUAAAGAGCAUUGUAGACUACUCGAGAGGCCCCCAGAACUUGUUUGGAAGAGGGAUCUUAUUUUCCAAAAGUCUGCUGCUGCAGAUCAACUCACAUUUGUUACGGAGGAUGAUUGGAAAUUACUCUGUGAAGAUUGGGGUGGCACAUUGUCCAAAUGUAUUGCUGCCAGCAUUGAGAUUGAUGAUACUGUGCAAGAUAUCAAAAAGGAGAUGCCAACUUCUGAGGAGCGUAUUAACAUAUCUGAAGUCAAUUCUAGUCAGUGUGGUAGGCCUAUUGUUAAGACUUCUCCACAGGUUUGUGAGGAGUGUAUUGGUGAAAGGGAAAGCUCUGAAUUGGUGAUGAAACUUAAUUAUACCAAUGAGGAUAUUUGUGUUUGUUUAAUCCGCGGUAAGGAGCCUCCCAAAUCAAUCUUGGAAGCUUCAGGGGGCUUUUCUGAUAAUGGUCGUAGAACUUCCAAGCGCUCAAGGAAGGCAGCAUAUGGUAACUCUGUAAAUUUAAAUGUUUCUGGGUCUACAUCCAUUUACCAGCUGAAGAUGAUGAUAUGGGAAUCAUUUGGGGUUGUCAAGGAAAACCAGGUGCUCCAUAAAGGGUAUAAUGUCAUUGAUGGUGAAUCCACUUGUCUUGCUGAUGUCAAUAUUUUUCCUGGGGAUGUGCUGUGGGUGACUGACUCGAAGAUCCAUGAGAAUCGUGACAUUGCUGAUGAGCUUUCAGAGCCAAAUUUGGAUGCAAAAACAACAGAAGAAGGCUUUCGUGGCACACUUCUCACAUCAACUGUUCCAUCUCAUCCUGUAUCUGAACCAUGUUUAAACUAGUACAGAUAUUGGCCUGAUGUUUCUUUUGGAUAUAGAGAACUUUCUGCCGUCAUCUUAUUGAAGCUGCCUUUUUGAAUUCAAGGAGAUGGUCGAGCAGCUUUUGUGUAAUGAAGAAGUGAGGUGUAGAGGUUAUGGUUGCAUGUACAAAGUUUGUACAUGGAAGAACAAGACUGACUGACAAUGUAUCGUUCCUUCCUUCCUUCCCUCUUUGCCUUUUGCCUGGCUUGUAGAUUUUAUUGUGGAUUUGGUGACACACACUAUGUAUUACUACCAUACAUAAACACCUGCCCCUCCUUUGUGAUAUAAUCCAAUGUUUUGUCACUUGUUUA